AUGUCUUCUUUAUCAUAUUCUUCACCGUAUCAACUCUUAGAAAUUAACAUCAUUUCAGCACAAGAUUUAUCUCCUGUUUCGAAAUCUAUCAAAGCCUAUGCAGUCGCAUGGUUAAAUCCAGAAAGAAAAUUAGCCACACAGAUUGAUCAAACGGGCCACACCGAUCCUACGUGGAACGAGAAAUUCGUUUUCCGCGUCGACGAUGAGUUUCUCGCCUCGGAAAAUUCUGUUAUCAUGAUCGAGAUCUACUCUUCCGCGUGGCUCCGUGAUGUCCUCGUCGGAACCGUCGCUGUUCUCGUUAAUAACCUCAUCCCGCCGGGAACUCGAUCCGGUACCCGGAAACCUAAACUCCGUUUCGUCGCUUUGCAGAUUCGUAGACCUUCCGGUCGUCCGCAAGGGAUUCUUAACAUCGGCGUUUCGCUGCUUGAUAGCACGAUGAGAAGUAUGCCGUUGUAUUCGGAGUUGAGCACUUCCGGGGUUGGAUUAUGGGAUCUAGCGGAAUUGAAUCCAAAUAAGAAGAAGAUUACUAACAAUUACGAUAAUAAUGCAAUCACGGAUUCGAAGAUGUUAACUCUUCAACGUUGCCAGAGCGAGAGAAACGAUUCGACGGUUAACGAUUAUUCAUAUUACGGUGCGGGAAAAAACGGUUAUAACGGUUAUGAGGAAUCGGAAGUGAGCACGGUGGUACAGAAAAAAGGUGGAAACGAGGAGUCGUUGUGCUCUGAUGUUGGACCUUCGCCGUCGGUUGUUGCAGCGGCAAUAGCAAAGGGAUUGUAUCCAUUACCGGCGAGGAUGAAGACUGUGGAGAGGGAGAGACCGGUGGUUGAUGAAUGGUCAGAGAGUAACUAUUCGGAAGGAAUGAAUACAAAGAUAGAAAGGUGGCGAAAUGAGUUGACGCCGAUGUAUAAUAAGGAAGAAUGCGACGAAUUGGAUGAGGUUAUUAAUAAGCAGAAAAUGUUAGUGCAGCAAACUCCGAGGCGGAUUGGGAAAACCCCGGGACGGCCGCCAUUGAGUAAGAAAGGGAAGUUUUCGUGUUUUGGAACUGCCUUUGGGUGUGAGUUUUCGAUUUCUUGUGGAGGGGGUAACCGGAAAAAAAAGGGUGAUAAGGCUCGUCUUACCUCUAUUUCAGAGUUAACUUAUGGUGAUUCGUCGAUAUCAGGAUAA